AAGGGAUAAGCGUAAUUUUAAAAGUUAUUUUUUUAAGAUGUGCAGCCGCCGAUUCGAGUGAAUUUUCUUAUCUUCGUAUAAAAUAAAGCUGCUUAUGUAAAUGAAUGUUUUAAGCAUCAUACACACAUAUGUACAUCCUUGCAAUAGAAUAAAAUAAAACUAUUGUUUUAACAUUUAUAGAACUUAAGAUACAGAAGUGAUUAUUCAAAAAUGUAAAAUGUGAAAGAAGAUCAAAACUUUUUUCAAAAGUGUGGUAGGGGCAGCUUUGGGAGGGUUGGAAGUGGACAGUCGCAAAUAGCCAGAUCGACACGGCUGGUGUCUUCCAUGAAGAACAUACAUAUAUACUUAAGUACCCUCUAAAGCUUUAGCUGUAAAAUACUUCUUAAAGAGUAUGAAAAACCCUCCUAUAUGAGUAAAAAGCAUCAUGAUAUUAUAGUCCAGAUAACAUGAAUGCGUCCCACAGAAGCAUGGGUAGCUUGCACGAUUUUGUAUGGAAUUCAAAUUUUUUUGAAUUGUCUCAAUAUAAUAAUUUGUGUACUGUAGUACAAAAGCAAUUAUCAUUAUCAACUAAAAGAUUCAAUCAACAUGGCAAUUAACCUAAUUGAAAUACACUCGUUCGUUAUUUUGGUGAUUUGUUAUUUAGUUCUGUGAAACAUGACAAAGAGAACGAAUGGGCACAAGGAAUCAAAAGCUUCUGUUUUUCCUGCACUUUCAACGCUACUUGGGCCUUACAAACUUGGACUUCUCAGAAUCGCUGCAUAUUUACUGCCUCCAUGGUACUUGGACUUCAGCUGCGACUCAAAUUUUGGUAGUUGGUGUUUUUAUGGCCGCUCUGGUGGGACCACUCGCCGAAUGCAUUUACUACAUGGAUACUAAAUCGCAAACUGGAAACACCUUUGACAAUGCUGUGAUACUGACCACCUCGGUCAGUCAAUUGCUAGCCAAUUUUUGGAUGCGCUCGCAGCAGGAAUCGCAAGUGAAUCUGCUGCAACGACUUUCGCAGGUGGUGGGGUUCUUGGAAUUUGAGCCUUAUAUUGUGCCACAGAUCCGUUGGUUUUACCACAUUUGGCUAUUGGUUUGCCUUAUCUACGGAGUCAUGGUGACGCAUUUUGGCAUACAUUGGUUGAAAAAUAUGCAGUUGAGCCGUGCCCUAACUCUGCUGGGAUUUGUAUCUCGGUGCAUUUUGGCGAACUUUCAAUUCACCUGUUAUUCCGGCAUGGUGUUGGUCCUGAAAAAACUGCUUCAAGUCCAGUUCAAGCAACUGGAGCAGCUGGUGUCCACCAACUCCAUAUCAAUGGCUGAAGUGUCCGGCUAUUUAAGAAGCCACGAUGAAAUCCUGCUAUUGGGUCAAAGAGAACUGAUUGCCGUUUAUGGUGGAGUCCUACUUUUUCUCUUCAUAUACCAGGUCAUGCAGUGUAUAUUAAUAUUUUACGUCAGCAACCUAGAGGGGUUUCAUUCAAGCAAUGACCUGGUUCUCAUUUUCUGUUGGCUGGCACCGAUGCUUUUCUAUCUCAUCCUACCCUUACUCGUUAACGACAUACACAAUCUGGCAAAUAAAACAGCAAAGAUUUUGGCAAAAGUACCUAGAACCGGAACUGGGUUGGAUAGAAUGAUUGAAAAAUUCUUACUUAAGAACAUUCGACAGCAGCCCAUUUUAACCGCUUAUGGAUUUUUCACUCUGGAUAAAAGUACAUUGUUUAAGCUAUUUACGGCCAUUUUUACGUAUAUGGUUAUUUUGGUCCAAUUUAAAGAGAUGGAGAAUUCUACAAAGUCUAUUAAUAAAUUUUGAUC